GGCAGAGCUCAGCAUUCGGAAAAGUUGUAUAAUGUCUGAGGAAAGAUUACAGGAGGUUUGUUACAUUGUGUCAGCUUUAUAGGUGAAACCAUCAUCUCCUUCUCCUGAAUGAUCCCCCAAGGAUGGACAAGGACAGGAAUGAGAUGACUAAGAGAAUAUUACACUUCACCUUGGAGAUCCUCCACCUGCUGACCGGAGAGGAUUACACCAUAGUGAAGAAGACAUGGGGGGAGUGUGUGGCCCCAAGCAGCCAUCUCCAUGAGUCAGGAGGACAGAGCAGGGCCCGGGGCCCCAUCACGGAGCCUCCACCUCACUCACUGAUACAUGAGAAGAAGAUCCUAGAACUCAUCCACAGGAUCACUGAGCUGCUGACUGGAGAGGUGACCCUGCUGGGACAUUAUACAGUAAUGGAGGGGUCUGGUGAUGACUGGAGAGGUGACACUGCUGAGACAUUAUACAGUAAUGGAGGGGUCUGGUGAUGACUGGAGAGGUGACACUGCUGGGACAUUAUACAGUAAUGGAGGGGUCUGGU